AUAUAAUCUGGGGCCCCGCCCAAUAUCAUCUCCAUCAUUUUCAUAAUCAAUCAGGGGGAAGCUUGAUCCGAGAAACAAAUCCACAAUGGCAACAAGAUACUGGAUAGUAUCUCUUCCGAUCGCCCAAAACUCUUCAUCAUCAUCUCUAUGGAGUUGCUUACAGGAAUCCAUCUCCAAAAAUUCAUUUGACACUCCUCUCUAUCGCUUCAAUAUCCCUAAUCUCCGUGUCGGUACUCUCGAUUCUCUAUUAUCCCUCAGCGAUGAUCUACUUAAGUCGAAUACGUUUAUCGAAGGAUGUUCUCACAAGAUACGGCGUCAGAUCGAAGAUCUGGAGAAGGUGUCUGGAGUUGUCGCCAGUUCUUUGACUGUGGAUGGUGUCCCUGUGGAUUCCUAUCUAACUAAAUUUGUGUGGGAUGAAGCUAAGUAUCCAACCAUGUCUCCUCUUAAGGAGAUUGUCGAUGCCAUUCAUGUCCAAGUUGCCAAAAUCGACGAUGAUCUUAAGGUUCGUAUUGCUGAGUAUAACAAUGUUCGCAGCCAACUCAAUGCAAUUAACAGAAAGCAGACUGGAAGCUUAGCGGUUCGUGAUCUGUCGAAUUUAGUAAAACCAGAGGACAUCGUCAGCUCAGAACAUUUGGUUACACUCAUUGCUGUUGUUCCCAAAUAUUCCCAGAAGGAUUGGUUGUCAUGCUAUGAGACACUGACCACCUAUGUGGUCCCCAGAUCCUCCAAGAAUUUACAUGGGGACAAUGAGUAUGCUCUCUAUACUGUCACAUUAUUCAAUCGUGAUGCUGAUAAUUUUCGAAUCAAGGCACGUGAAAGAGGAUUUCAGAUUCGUGAUUUUGAAUAUAAUUCAGAAACUCAGGAGAGUCGGAAGCAAGAGCUUGAAAAACUGAUGCAAGACCAGGAGUCCCUUAGAAGUUCUCUUUUACAAUGGUGCUACACCAGUUAUGGAGAGGUGUUCACUGCCUGGAUGCACUUUUGUGCUGUUCGUUUAUUUGCUGAGAGCAUUUUGAGAUACGGGCUUCCCCCUUCCUUUUUGUCGGCUGUAUUGUCACCAUCUGUGAAAAGCGAGAAGAAAGUACGCACAAUCCUUGAAGGCUUGUCCGGCAACUCUAACAGCACGUUCUGGAACACCGAAGAUGAAGGGAACAUGGGCGGUUUAGGUGGUGAAGCUGAUACUCAUCCGUACGUCUCCUUCACCAUUAAUCUUAUAUGAACAUAGGUUUGCGGUGAACGGUGGUGGUGUCGAUUCUUGCCGUUUGUUAUUAGAAACCAAUAAUGUGAUUUUCUAUAAUCCAUGUAUCAUAUGGUAAAUUUACCCAAUUUUUAGCUGGGAGCCUGGGUGUAUCUUUUUCUGUUCCGAUAACUUGUUUUUCCGUUCGAUUCAUUUUACUACAAUCUGAAGUUGUAUUCAUCAAUUCAGAAGAUUGAACCCAUUAUUUAUUUUUCUAUUAGCGAAUGUUUGUUAAAGUUGUAUUUAAUAUAGCUUCUGAAAAAUCAUAAUCUUUGAAAGUA